UUGGUGUUGGAGAAAUUGUUCCCGGGGCAGUACUACGAAGUUCGCGUGUCGGCGUCAGCCAGAAGCAUGUACGACACUAAGCGGAUCCUCGAGAGUCCGUAUUCCGGGACUCGACGCGUUUACUACAGCAGCUGCACAGCUCUUUUGCUUCUACUGCACCCACCGCACCGCCCAAAAAAGGGAUGCGGUUGCCGAAAAUCGACCGGAUCGAAAGGCGAGCAGACGAACGGCAAAGUGUCGCUGUCGGGGACAAAAAGCAACCCGUCGAGCGGCAAACACGACACCUCAGAAAUCACUGCUCUCAAGCACGAGCCCGACUUAACGGCGUCCACAAUGACGCCGCAAAAGCGGUCAAACGGCUCCUCUCAUUCAGCCGCCACCGCCGCCGCCGCCGCCGCUGAGAACGGUCGGGAAGAUUUCCUAGCCGGGGCACAGUUCUCGGCGAACCCGAUGGUCGACACUGGGUACUUGCGAGACGGGGGACUAGUCGGGGUAUCCACUUGGGACCCCGUGACUGCGUCAGUCAGGGAUACCUGGUUGCCACCCGGUCCCAAGGGCCACUUCCCAGCUGACUCACGCUUUCUAUAA